GGCAGUUUCAAUUCCCCCCUCAAUUGUAUCCAUUCGCUGUUACAAAGAUACGCUUCGAUGGCACUCCUGAUUAAAUACUCAGCGACAGCAAGUAAGCCUGCAGCAGGAGGACGGGAAGAACCGACCAUGAGCGAGCAGGAGAGCCCGGGCAGUGAUAACGCCUCCCUGUUCCACAAGGUCUCCCACCCGGAGAGCGUCCUGGCCCAGCUGGACAGCCUGCGGAGGCAGCGCCUCUUCACCGACGUGACCCUGCGGGCGGGCCGCCGCUCCUUCCUGUGCCACCGGGCGGUGCUGGCCGCCUGCAGCCGCUACUUCGCGGCCAUGUUCGGCGGCGGCCUGCGGGAGAGCGGCGAGCCGGAGGUGGACCUGCGGGCCAGCGUGCACCCCGAGGCGCUGGAGCCGCUGCUCGACUACGCGUACACGGCGCGGCUGGCCCUCAGCGAGGCCAACGCCGAGCGGCUGCUGCAGGCCGGCGACAUGCUGCAGUUCCCCGACGUCCGCGACGCCGCCGCCGCCUUCCUGGAGCGCCGGCUGCGGCCCUCCAACUGCCUGCGCCUGCUGCUGCUCUCCGACGCGCACCAGUGCCGCCGCCUGCGACAGCGGGCCCGAGCCGCCUGCCUCGCCCACUUCCAGCGCCUGGCCGACGGCGACGAGCUCUGCCGGCUGCCCGAGGCCACCCUGGCCGAGCUGCUGGCCAGCGACGAGCUGGAGGCCGAGGACGAGCGGGCCGUCCACUCGGCCGUCGUGCGCUGGGCCCGGCACCGGCCGCCCGGCGGAGGCCCGCGGCGCCUGUCUGGCCCGCUGCGGCACGUCCGCCUGGCCCUGCUGCCCGCCCCUUACCUCGAGGCCUGGGCGAAGGCCGAGCGCCUCCUCGACGACGACCCGGUCGGCCGCGCGCUGGUGGACGAGGCGCGCCGCUUCCAGCGCGAGGGAGGGGCGGCGUCGGGCACGUGCGCGCGGCCCAGGCGCGCCGGGCACACGCUGCUGAUCCUGGGCGGCCCCACUUUCCUGUGCGACCAGGUGUACGAGCUGGAGCGGGGCCGAGCGGAGGGAGAGCCCGAGUUGCAAGGCCGGGGCUCGGAAUCCGGGCACCGCUUGGGGUUGGGGGAGGGGAGAGGCCGCAUCGUCGCCAAGGCGCGUCUGCCCAGCCCCCGCAAGGAGUUCAGCGCCUGCGCACUGGGGCGCCGCGUCUACCUGAGUGGGGGGCGGGGACCCGAGAAUGGGGUCUCGCGAGACGUCUGGGUCUAUGACGCGGCGGCUGGCGAUUGGUCCAAAGUGGCGCCAAUGUUAGUUGCCCGCUUCGGGCAUGGUUCGGCCGAGCUGAGGGGAGGCGUCUUCGUGCUCGGAGGCCACGGCUCUGCCUGGGCCCCGGGCUCGGCCCCUCUCACUCAGGUGGAGCGUUACGAGCCGUCCGCCAACACCUGGAACUCGGUGGCUCCUCUCCCUGACGGCGUCAGUAACGCGGCGGUGGUGAGCGCCCAGUUCCGCCUCUACGUCUUCGGCGGCGGCGCCUCCUCGAGCUUCCCGGCGGCCGAGCGCCGCUCCCGGGUGCAGCGUUAUGAGCCGCUGGAGGACCGCUGGGCCGUGCCGGCCGUCUGUCCGCAGCCCUGGCGCUACACGGCCGCCGCCGCCCUGGGCAGCCAGAUCUUCAUCAUGGGCGGCGACACCGAGUUCACGGCGGCCUCGGCCUACCGCUUCGACUGUGACACCAACCAGUGGACUCGGGUGGGCGACAUGACGGCCAAGCGCAUGAGCUGCCACGCCGUGGCCUCCGGCAACAAGCUCUACGUGGUGGGCGGCUACUUCGGCACCCAGCGCUGCAAGACCCUGGACUGCUAUGACCCGACCUCGGACACCUGGAGCAGCAUCACCACCGUGCCCUACUCGCUCAUUCCCACUGCCUUUGUCAGUACCUGGAAGCAGUUCCCUGACUGAUGCUCAUCACGUCCCAUCUUCAUCCCGGAGCGGAAGGAAAAGCUCGUGUACUUCCAUGCCAAUUCGCUGGGAGCUAUCCUUACCAGGAUCCUGGACAGAAGUUUUCCAUGAUCUAGAGGACCGAACCAUGGAGCAGCGAAACCUGUGCAAAGCUUCACUACCAGUUGUGAUUGUAACUGGGAAUUUGAAAGCUUGGAGGAAGUGCAGGAGAAGAUUUUGGGGUUGGGGGGGGUGUUUGUGGGGAGAUUGAUGAGAUCCAUUUAACUAGACAAUAUUCUGACAGUUUUGGAAUUUGCUUGAGGCUGCUCUUGGUAACAUUAGUCAAGCUGGUUGUAGAAAUAAUGCUGUUUUUUUGAGAAAACUGUUCAUUUGCACUGAGCCAGUUACCAUUUAGUACGGUUUUUCUAUAAUUGUGGAAAGAGAUCUAGAUCUCCACAAGAGAGCAAGAGAACUUGACAAGUACCUUUUGAACAUUUCAGGAAAACAACUUACGCACAACUUUGUUAGGAGCAGCUAUAUCAGAAAUGGAUCUUUUGAAAUUCCUUUUUCUAAUAUCAAUUCAGAAAUUCUGUGGAAUAAGGAACCCAAUAAUGGUUUGUGUAUUGGAUAAUUUUUGUUCCAAAUAAAAUUGAAAUAAAAUAAA